UGAUUGGUCUAAAGUGUCUAAACUCAAAAGUGAUUACUAUUUUUUUAACAUUAGCUUGUAAUUAGAAGGCGGGAAAAGGAAUUGGGCAAAAGAACAAAACCCUACUAACACCUUUCUCCCUGUUUACGCUUUUCCUUCCCCAGAUGGCGAACUCUCGAGGAAUCGCUAACUCCCUUACGCGGCUAACUCUCUACUCAGCGCUCUCGCCGAUGUUCUAAGCGGCCAUCGGUAACCUUCAGGUAACUUUAUCUCGAAUCGGCAUAAAGAAGCAGUGGAAGAGCUCGCUAGGAGUCAUCCGACCGAUGAGCAAGGCCAACCAAUCAUGCCAUCGGAGGAAGAAACUCUCUCAUUAUGGUUGAACGUGGUUGGAGGCGUGUAUAAGGGUAGAGCAUACGGCCUUUCCUCCGAGCGCAAUUUUAAUCGCCUCGCGUGUGGACUACAAGGUAUUGGGACAUUCGCCACCGUGCAAAAUGAGGACCUUGAGGAGAUGCGUCGGAUGAUUCAACAACUUUCUAGGAACUGUGCGGAUGAACGAGAAAAAAGAAAGCAUGAAGAGAAGAUUAGAGACGCACUUAGGAAUGACAUAGACUCCCUCGAGGCUCAAGUGAACCACUUAAUCGGCUUGCCCCGCUCUCCGCCAAAAAGCCACAUUUAUGAAGAGGAUGAAAGUGAUGGAAAUAAUACAAAUGAUGAAGAAGAUGAGGGGGAAUCCGGAGAUGAGUGAUUUUAUGUUUGGUUGGAUUGUUGUUUAGUUGGAUGUCAACUUUGAAUGUUACAUUUUGAUGUUUAGUUGGAUAGUUUUGAUGAUUGAUGGGAUAAUUUGGAUAUUUGGAUGUUUGAUGGGAUAAUUUGGAUGUUUGGAGAUAGUAUAUAAAGUUUUGUUGUUAAGUUGAGUUUUAUUGUAGUUGA